AUGCCGAACGAAACUCGCGCAAUCGUCUCGGCCGUUUCUCCAAACUGGCAAGUUGGCGCGAUCAACGAGAAGACAUUGGCGCUGAUGGUUCCACACGACCAGCCGGUGCUCGGAAUUUCCAAGAAGAACUUUGUGGACCUUUUGGAAUUUGCUGAGGAUAAACUCGAAAUGGAGCGUGUUCUGGCGAUCUUCGAAAAAUCCCGCAUCAACCCCACCGAAGGAUUCCCCAGAACUCUUCGUUAUGUUGGAUUCCGUCCAUACGCAAUCGACGAACACCCCGCUUCAUUCCCAGCAGACAAAUAUUUCAUCAUGAGCUACAAAGUUUAA